UGUUACAAACAGGAAGAAGACUUCUAAUUACCUUUGAGAGGUGCUGAAACCAAGAUCAUCUCUGUGACCUCAGGGGGCGUCACUCCCAUGGUGUUUUUCGUCCCCAGGCCUCGCCAUGAGAAACGAGUCCUACCCAGAAUGCCGAGCUCAGGAGUUGUUUGACGACUUUGUGUCAGCAUCUACCUGCAGGGCAGCGCUACACACCUUCUGCCAGAUGUGUCAACAUCUUCAACUGGAUAGCAGCAAAGCCGAGCGGCCGCUCUACCGCACGCUCAAACAACGCCUGAGCUAUUGGAAGGCCAACGCUCUUUGGGCCAAAUUGGACCGUAGAGCUUCUCAGGAAGAGUACCUGCGAAACCAAGCCUGCCGCAACGCCACGUGUGUAGUCAUCGGGGCGGGGCCGUGCGGCUUGCGUACGGCGGUGGAGUUGAGCUUCAUGGGCGCUCGCGUGGUUGUGCUGGAGAAGCGGGACUCCUUCUCCAGGAACAACGUGCUUCACCUCUGGCCCUUCACCAUCCACGACCUUCGUGGCCUCGGUGCCAAAAAGUUCUAUGGAAAGUUCUGCGCCGGCUCCAUUGACCAUAUCAGUAUACGCCAACUGCAGCUGGUUCUGCUGAAAGUGGCGCUGUUGCUGGGGGUGGAAAUUCAUGUCAACGUGGAGUUCAAACGCGUGGUGGAACCGCCGGACCAACAACAUAAGGUGGGCUGGACCAUGGAGGCGUGGCCAAAGCGUCAUCCUGUCAAUCAGCUGCAGUUCCACGUCAUCAUCGGAGCAGACGGUCGUCGUAACACCCUCCCAGGUUUUCGCCGUAAAGAAUUCCGCGGGAAACUCGCCAUCGCCAUCACGGCCAACUUUAAAAACCGGAACAGCCGUGCUGAAGCCAAAGUUGAGGAGAUCAGCGGCGUGGCGUCCAUCUUUAACCAGAGGUUCUUCCAGGACCUGCGACAGGAAACGGGCAUCGACCUGGAGAACAUCGUGUACUACAAAGACGACACGCACUACUUCGUGAUGACGGCUAAGAAACACAGCCUACUCGGUAAACGAGUCAUUUUACAGGACUUUGCGGAUACGGAGCAGCUUCUGUCCCGGGCCAACGUGGACCAGAAUGCGUUGCAAGCCUUUGCCCGCACAGCCGCCAACUUCUCCACCAAUCAUCAACUCCCAUCUUUGGACUUCGCCAUUAACCACUACGGACAGCCGGACGUGGCCAUGUUCGACUUCACCUCCAUGUACGCGGCAGAGAACGCCGCCAUGGUCUGGUGUCGCCAUGGCCACCAGCUGCUGGUUACGCUGGUAGGAGACAGCUUGCUGGAGCCCUUCUGGCCAAUGGGAACGGGCGUGGCUCGUGGCUUCCUGGCCGCCCUUGAUGCGUCUUGGAUGAUCCGGCGAUGGUGUCGGGGGGAUUCUCCUCUGGACGUGCUGGCCGAGAGAGAGAGCGUGUAUCGUUUGUUGGCUCAGACCACACCAGAGAACAUGCAGAAGAACUUUUCUUCGUACUCUUUGGACCCGUCCAGCCGAUACGUCAACGUGUGUCUGAGCGUCACGCCGACUCAGGUGAGACACUUGGUUGACACAGGAGAGGAGGCGGGGCAAAACACAGAAUUUGAUGACAUCGUCGGCGUAUCGCCAUGGAGACAAGAGUCCUUGUCCGAGUCCAAGCAGCUGCUGGCGUGGUGUCGGGAGCAGACGCGAGGUUACCCUGGCGUUGCCGUGAGCGACCUGACCACAUCAUGGAAGAGCGGCAUGGCUCUGUGUGCACUGGUUCACCGCUACAGACCAGACCUCAUAGACUUUGGCGCCCUCAACCCCACGGCGAAGGAAGAAAACAUUCGCUUGGCCUUUGAUGUGUGCGAGCGAGAGUUUGGAAUUUCCCCCCUAAUGACGGUGGAGGAAAUGUGCUCUGAAGGAGAACCGGACUCUCUGUCCAUGGUCAUGUACCUCAGCCAGUUCUACCAGAAGCUGCCAGAUGCCCCGAACUCUUUGGGGUCUCAGAGUUCAGAGGUCAGAGCUGCUGUGGUCACUCCCACCGCCAUCCUCUGCAGACGAUCAAAGUCAUGUGAUAUCGCUGAGAAGUGCCUGGUCGGCAGCUCCCGAGUGCGUCUGAUGGCCGACCUGCUGCAGGCCAAGCUGGACCAGAACCAUAAGCAGAACCAGGACAGUCCGUCUGAGGUCGCGCUGGGGGAGACCGCAAGUGAUCUCUCGUCCCCCAAGGAGGCUUCGGAUGUUCUGGUCCAUCCAUCGUCAUGGAUACCGAACAAACGGACGCAGCAGCAGCAGCAGUUAAGUUUUCGCUUCAAACAGAAACUCAACUCUCAGCUUGUCACGGACCACAAAGAACAGGGGUCGUGUCCCAGCGACGUGUGUUUCUUCUGUCGGCAGAAAGUUUACGUGAUGGAGCGUCUGAGCGCCGAAGGUGUUUUCUUCCAUAGAAGUUGUUUUGUGUGCCACUCGUGUGACGGCACGCUGAGACUUGCCGCCUACCGUUACCACGCCCCCAGCGGGAAGUUUUUCUGCCCGCAGCACUGCGAUCCCUCGACUCCUACCAGCCCGUCUGCGGUGAAGAAGCCAAGGACGUCAUUUGACAGAGCGUCGUGCCCGCGGACAUCUUGUACGUCGCUGCUCUCCUCCGCAGACUCCCACAUCUCCAUGGCGACAGAGUGCCGACGCUCGUCAGUUUUUUCAGUGAUGUCAGUGACGCCAGAGAGAAUUGAAGUAGAAAACGAUCAGGCGGAGCUCGCUGCUGAGAUCUCUGAGGAGACGUUGGCGUGCUUCAACUUGGGUGCACUUGAAGACGUGCAGACAAGCAGGUGUGAAUGGGGGGUCGAGGCGCCGACCCGUGGCGCUCGUCAUCCUUUAACCUCACAGACGUCCAAACCGGCGUGGAGGGAUGAGCUUCAGAAAAACUUUCAGCUGAUAGGCUGCGAGGUGGAGGAGGAGGAAGAGGACGACGAUGAAGAUGAGGAGGAGGAGGAGGAGGAGGACGAUGAAGACGAUGACGAAGACAACACAGGCUGUGAGGAAGUUGUGAAUGAAGAUGAUGAUGGCCAUAUGGCAGACACAAGUGAUGUCACUUCCUCCGACGCCUUCUCUCUACCUGAGACUUCCUCCACUGCCUCCUUCAUCACCAAGCUUGACUCCGCCUCCUCCACCUGUUCACCCAGCUCUUGUAAGAAAGAAGCCCCGCCCAUUGAGGUUGUCCAUUUAGUGUGUCCUCCCCAGAGAUCUUUUGAUGACAUCAAUCUGUCACUGAAGAAGCUCCGCCUUCUGCAAGACAAAUGUGCAGUGGAGAUAGAGUGGGCGGAGCCAGAAGAGACAGGAAGCAGCCAACAAACGCACAACCGACGUCAUCGCUAUCUCAAAGGUCUCCGCGAGGCUCCGCCUCCUUCUGCUUGGCGGAAAGGAGGAGGAGGUGGAGCCAGGGCGCUGUGGAAUGCAGUGUUUGCCAGAAAGAGAAACAAGCGGAAUGAGGGCGGAGCCUCACUGCCAGCUGCAAACGAGCUGAAGAAAGAUGAAGCUUUGACAGAAGCUCUCACUUUGAUGGACGAAUGUGACCUUGACUCAUCCACUAUUCAACACAGAUUCUCACUUGGGCCCAGAAACAACCUCCAUUUGGAGACCAUCGACAUGACCAGAAACUUGCAACAAAUAUCAGUGAAAGACCAGCAGACAGCACAGCCUGCAUACGUUCCCCACGCGCUGGCUUUCAAACCAGCCAUUCCCAUUCAGUUUGCGCCAGAACGUUGCUCAAAAAAUCAAGCUACGCUGCAGGAUUCUGAUGGACGGUCUUCCUGUGUGACGGAAGUGGUGGGGGUCCUUGUGGACCCGAAGGAACCGUCGAGUUUGAGCGUGACGGAGACCCUGUUCCAGAGGGAACAUGAGCGUGAGCAUGGACACCCGGGCACCAGAGUCUGCCGUCGGGCUCAAGGGACAACUCGCAGACGAGCAAAGCAGAAGGAAUUGAAGAGACUCCACAAAGCGCAGCUGAUCCAGAGACAGUUGCAGCUGGUUGAGGAGGAGCAGCGAUGUCUGGAGGCCAAAGGAGUGACAGUGGAGAGACUUCUGAGAGGAGAAGGACUCCAUGAGAACACGGAUCUCAUGAAGCGCUGGUUCCACUUGGUCCAGCAGAAGAAUGUUCUUGUUCGAUACGAAUCUGAACUUAUGAUUUUUGCACGAGACCUGCAGCUGGAAGAUCAACAGAAUCGCCUGCAGCAGGAACUGCGGGACAGGAUGGCAGUGGAAGACCACCUCAAGGAGGAGGCUGAGCUGCUGAAAGAGCGUGAAACCCUGGAGGAGAUGUUAGAGGUGGUGGAGCAGAGAAGGGCCCUGGUACCCUUGCUGGAGGAGCAGCGACUGCUGGACCUUCAGGAAGACCAAAACCUGAAGGAUGUGAUGAUUUCCCGGGGAAUUGGCCUUGACUGGGCCUGACCUACUUUCCAGAGAUUUGUACUGGCAUUGUACCUGCAACAGAAUCUGUGGACCUCGUCUGAAAAAAAAAAAGACUACCUUAUGGAGUUGUUUUUUUAACUCAUCUGA